AUGACUGCUUUCGAAGGGGAGGAUAGCGACCAAAUUGGAGAUGUGAUCGCACCAGCCGCUGAUUUGGAUAAUACAGCUGCAUCUUAUGAUGAAGCAGCUGAUAAGGAGCUCGGCCAGCCCCCGGCCCUAAAACGCGACCUUCAAAGUCGCCAUAUGCAGAUGAUUGCCAUUGGUGGUGCCAUCGGAGCUGGUCUGUUCGUGGGGACUGGAGGUGCGCUUCAAGAGGGAGGGCCUGGGGCUUUACUCAUUGCCUACAUGAUUGUUGGUGUUAUGGUUCUGCUUACCGUCCAAGCUCUCGGGGAGCUUGCGGUACUCUACCCAGUGAAUGGGGCUUUUUUCGACUACUGCGUCCGGUUCAUUUCUCCAGCAUGGGGAUUUGCAAUGGGCUGGGAUUACGCCAUCGGCUGGCUCGUUAUCCUCCCAUUCGAGCUUACAGCUGCGAGUAUAACUAUCCAAUACUGGCGGGAUGACCUGAACAUGGGUAUAUGGGUAGCGGUUUUCCUGGCAUCCCGGCGCAUUCACCACUUUACCGGCUUCUGCUCUGUUUUUGUCACGGCGGCAGUUUCCUUUACUGGUACUGAGCUGACGGGGUUAGCUGCUGCCGAGUCCAAAAACCCUGGCAAGGCUAUCCCUAAGGCGACUAAGCAAGUUUUCUGGCGGAUUACGAUCUUCUAUCUCUUGGCAACCUUUAUAAUAGGACUUAUUGUGCCAUAUGAUUCUAAAUGGCUUCUAGGUUCUACUGGCGCUAACACUAAGGCCUCACCCUUUGUUGUGUCUAUUCAGAACGCCGGUAUCUCGGGUCUGCCGUCAGUGAUGAACGCAGUCAUCACAAUUUCUGUUAUCAGCGUUGCCAACUCAGCAACAUUUGCCUCGAGUCGGACCUUACAGGCCCUAGCAGAGCAGAGGAUGGCCCCUCAGAUAUUUGCCUAUAUCGACAAGGCUGGGCGGCCGCUCUACUGUGUUCUACUACAGAUUGCGUUUGGCUUCCUGGCAUUUAUUAACGAGGCAUCAUCAACGGGAAAUGCCAUUUUCGACUGGCUCCUGGCCUUGUCAGGGGUGUCGCAGUUCAUGCUCUGGGGCAGUAUCUGUCUCGCUCAUAUCCGCUUCCGCAAAGCUUGGGCAUAUAAUGGGCGCGACUUUAAGGAACUCGCCUACUACGCACCAUUUGGUGAAAUUGGCAGCUGGGUCGGCCUCUGGCUCAAUGUGCUAUGCCUGAUCGCCGAGUUAUACGUGUCUGUGAUAUCAAAAAGCGCAAUGCUCUUCUUCGAGAACUACCUCGCGUUUCCGCUCACCAUCGCCCUCUUCCUAAUCUGGAUUGUCUACCUCAAAUUUUUGAAAAGAAUCUCGCUUGGACUCCGAGGAUUGUUCCUCCUGAAGGUGCAAGAUAUUGAUGUCCUGAGCAAUAUCCGCGAUUGUGCUCUCGACGUCAAUCUGCAGCCUAAGGUUGAAUAUGACACUUGGGGAGAAUGGAUCAAGGCGGCGCCGACACGCAUUUUGCACUCAUUUCUUUGA